AUGUAUAAGGGGGAACAGUUGAAACUGGCAAAUGGAGAGAUAAGAACAACUUUUGGGCAGGCCGAUUUUAACAUUGAAAUAAAUGGGCAGAAAUUUCAACAACGAUUUGUGAUUGCAGAUAUCGACGCGCCAGCUAUUGUUGGAUACAAUUUUUUGUAUAACAAAAAUUGUAAACUUGACAUAAGGGGGAGUAAACUAACCAUUGGCAGUAAAAAUAUGGAAAUUAUAUGUCAAAAAGAGAGUAAUAUUGCAACCAUUUUAAAGCUUGCAACAGAGGCAACUACAGUAAUACCCCCAAGAUCAGAGGUUUUGAUAUUUAGUAAAGUGGUAGGUGAUUCUAUUCAUUUAGUGCAGGCUACAGUAGAGCCUGUUGACACAAAAGAUAAAUUAUCAGUCGCCAGAUCUUUAGUCGAUCCAAGUCAAGGACGAAUAAUUUUAAGGAUUGCUAAUACGAGUAACUUUGAAAAAACGGUUCAAAAGAAUACAUGUCUAGCUGAAUGUCAGGCAUAUGCAGAUGUUACGGAACCAGUAUGCGAACCUGCGGCUGCUAGUCAAAAUAUAUUCAAGCUUACUGAUAAGAUUACAAACAAGAGCAAUAGCGACAGCUUACCAGAUCAUCUGGUAGACUUAUUUAAAUCAGGUAGCAAAUUAUUAUCGGAGACGCAAACUUUGCAAUUUCACAGAUUGCUCAAGAAACACAGUAAUGCGUUUGCAAAGUCUAAAAACGACUUGGGUUGUACUGAUAUGAUACAACACAAGAUAAACACUGGAAACGCAGCUCCAGUCAAACAAAACCCGAGACGUUUACCUGUUGCAAUGCAAGAGGAAGCAGAUCGCGAGUUGAGUCGAAUGCCUGAUGCUGGGGUUAUAGAACCAUCAAGCAAGGGCUCUUCCAGUUUCGACAAAUGCCAUUUGGUCUUUGUAAUGCAGGCGCUUGUUUUGAACGGUUGA